CACGCCGAUGCAGUAAUGUGCGAUAUUUGCGACAGUGAAAAAACUCGAUCAUGUAUUCCUCCUUCUGACUAGCACUUGUUAAUUGUAUCCCUUUGAAAUUAGCCAAAAUUCCACCGAGACGAACUAGUGAAGGGGAAUAUUCGAGCCAGGGUGGGCAUUGCAAGAAGCACUACAUCAAAAACCCUGAGGGGUUGUGCCUUUACCGUGAGCAGCUAGACUGCAAUUUUGAGGCUCCGUGGAACCCAAGCUGAUAUUUGCUGAAAACACAACGUUUUCAAUUUGCUGUCUUGCUGCGUAUUUCUUAAAUCCCUGGUCAAGUUCCCCUAGUGUUUUGGUUACUUUUAUGUUCACCAAAAUGAACGUAAUUGGAAAAGACAUUGUUGUGGAUGUUGUUGAUGACUGCACUAAACCGUGUGAUGUAAUUUCUAAGAUAGCCGUCAUUCAUGACUUAGAGGAAAAAGAUGAUGCUUUCUUUGUCAUGGAUUUUGGUGAUAUCGUUAACAAGUUUGAAAAGUGGGAAGCUCUCUUGCCCCGUGUACACCCAUUCUAUGCUGUGAAAUGCAAUGAAAACCCAGCUGUUCUGAGACUACUAGCUGCCUUGGGUACAGGAUUUGACUGCGCUAGCAAGAGUGAGAUUAAAGAGAUCACUGACAUGGGUGUGUCACCAUCUCGUAUUGUUUAUGCCAACCCAUGCAAACCAAAUUCUCAUCUGAAGUUUGCAGCCCAAAGAAAAGUCAGUUUAAUGACUUUUGACAAUGAGAUGGAGUUGCAAAAAAUUCGCAAAAUCUAUCCUGAUGCUGAAUUGGUACUGAGGAUCUUGACUGAUGAUUCUACAGCUCAGUGUCAGCUUGGUUUGAAGUAUGGUUGUCAUCCCCAACAUGCACCCAGUUUACUGAGAGUUGCUAAAGAACUUGGACUGAAUGUAGUUGGUGUCAGCUUCCAUGUUGGGAGUGGUUGUAGAGAUGCCUCUGCUUUCUCUGAUGCCAUACAGUCAUCACGUAUGGUAUUUGAUUAUGGAUCCGCCCUUGGCUUCGACUUUCAACUGUUGGACAUUGGAGGUGGCUACCCCGGUCAAUCAUCAGCUGCCAUCUCCUUUGAAGAGAUGGCUGGGUGCAUCAAUCAAGCUCUGGACGUGCAUUUCCCAGAAGGCUGUGGCGUUAGAAUCAUCAGUGAACCAGGUCGUUACUUUGUAGCAUCUGCCUUCACUCUAACUCUAAAUGUGAUCGCUAAACGUGCUGUGGCUAGAGACAUCCAAACGUUCCAUGUUCCCGGCUCUGAGGAUUUGGUGGCGAAUACCGUUGCACCCAGCCAAUGUGAUGAACCAGCUUACAUGUAUUACUGCAAUGAUGGAGUAUAUGGAUCUUUUAAUUGUCUGUUGUUUGACCAUGCUACUGUGCAACCAAGUCUCCUCAAGAAAAUGUUAUUGGGAGAACCCAAAUUUGCUUCUAGUUUGUGGGGACCAUCCUGUGAUGGUCUGGAUCGUAUUAUGGAAAACUGUUUACUCCCGGAGCUUCAUGUUGGUGACUGGAUUGUGUUCGAAGAUAUGGGAGCCUACACCAUGUGUGCUGCAUCAACCUUUAAUGGAUUCCCCAAACCAAUUUGCUACUACAUGGCUAAUGAAUCUACAUGGAAUUUUCUGAAGAGAAUCAUGCCAUGUCCUGUCGAGAUGGAACCGGCACCACCACCUUGCAACACAAAAUGCUUUUCUGAUUCCAUUACCUGCCCAACUAUGAGAAGUGGCCUUUCAAUUCCACAUCUGGAACGUGGAGACCAUCCAACUGUUAUGAUAACGCCCAUUCCGAUUGUGCCUGACGUUGAUUAUUAAAUGCAUAAAAUAAACCAUGUGUGUUAAGUUUCACUUUGAAUAAUUGUUAUACUAAUGAUACAAAUCUAGUUUAGUUGGUUAUGAAAUCGUAGCAGUUUAUUUGUUGGCCGUUCAUUCUUUUUAUUUAAAAGGAGCAUCGUGUACAUCGUGUAGUGACAAUUUUGAGUACCGGUAAUGUGUAUUUCAUUGUAUUGUACUGCUAAAUGGGUAACUCUUUCACUGUUAUUAAUAUUCUCAUUCAAGUGCUCUUUACAUUAGACAUGGAAGAAUUAAAUGAUGGAAACCAUCACUGAACACGAAAAAUUUGCUGCCGUUAUCUUCAUAAAAUCUGAGGGGAAACUGUACAAGGUUUUCACAGGCAAAAUUGUGCACUUGAGCAUUUAAGUCGCAUCAACGUCUAGUACGUGCUGCUCGAUAAAAUCUUGUUCUGCCUUUGUGCGUACAUUGCAGUAAUCUCGUGAUAGCCACGUACUAUGCACCGUUUAACUCGUAAUAACAUUGAAGAUUUCUAUAUAGAAUUGAUUGAACCAACCAUGUAUGUCAAGUCUUGUAUUUAAUUACUUGGUUUAGCGUCUAUAAAAAGAGAAAGCAAAUUAUAUAUUUAUGAAAGUACCAAGUUUUGUAACUGCAACUUUGAAAUAUUCUGCUGUCGUAUCUGCACAAAGAUUUAUGGUAUUGUAAUGAAUAACAAGUUUAGGUUGAGAUUGAAGUUCAAACAACUUUUACACAUUGAACAAUUCUUAAACAAGAAUACAAACUAAGAUCUAUAUUUUUUGGGUCCAAUUUGGUUGUCAUGUACUGCCGAUUUAUACUAUAUAAAACCCCCCAACAAUUAUAUUUUAAUUUUUUUUCGGCGUUAAGUGGGAUACAUUUUUCUUUUAUUUAUGUUAAAAUAUAAAGUGUACGUUUGCACGCUACUGGUUAGUAUUAAAUAAUUUAGCAAAUGUAAUUGUA